CCGAGCCAGAGAGACGCGUUUGCCGGGGAGAGAAAAUCCUAGCCCUGCAGUGCACACAGAUCGGUGCAUUGGCGGAGGGGGAAAGCUUUGGCCUUAAUUAGCAGUGUGUUGAAAUCCAUUUCCUUCGGGCUUGUCUGCAUGUGCCUCUGCGAGGUGUAAGGCAGAGCCAGCCAGACCCCUUCUGCCCUCCAAGCUACCCCAAGCCACAGGGGUCGCGCCCCGCGGCAGAUUUAGCGGGGCAGUGCAAUCCAGGACACUGUGUGUGGGGACCAAAGUGGUUUCUGCUGGAGCAGAUUCUGUGCCUCAGUCGGUGAGCGCUGAGUUUAGAGCAUGUGCCACCAGGAAGUGCUCUGUCAAUACUGGUGAUUUCCCUUAUCUGUCAGUGUUUGCUAGAGGAUUAAAGCCAGGAAAGAAAAGAUUAGCCCCUGGCCUCCCCAUAUGCAAAGCACAGUUUAACACCCUGAGUUUUUGUACCCAGCUGCCUGUACAGUUCGCAGACCUGUUCUUAACCUUACAAGUAACUCCUGGUCCUUCCAUGGAGGGAGGUGACUUCUAAACCCAGAAUGAGCGUUUCCUGGAUGCUACUAACAAACAUUAAGUGAUGCCAAUUUUUGACAUUUUGUUUGUGUGUAAGGGGGGCAGGGGCCAAAGCCUUCAGACUGUCUUGGAGAGAGUUAGUAAUCCCCAGGCAUGUGGAUUAACUAUAAUAACUUUUUCCACCUCUGAACAGUGCCAAUUGCUAAGAGAAAACAGUUCUCCUGAUUUGUUCAUUCAAGUCUUCCUUCCACAAGCGUGUAUCUCUCACGGGCACCCCUCCACCAGGCUGGUCACGUGAGUUGUGAGAAUCGUGGGUCACGGCCUGUGAGAGUGUAGCCAGCCUGUCUUGUUAAGAGCAGACUGUGUUUCUUCACAUAUUAAGGACUGAAAAUGUAGUACCCAUCCCAGCUGCUUGGAAAUGGUGCAAGUGUUGCUCUAUUCCGGAAUUUGAUAUUUAUGGAAAGAGUCCUUUACUUAAUAGCUCAAGUGAAAUUGCCAGGCCUUCUGUCCUCUGUGGGGAAGCCUUCCUGAUUAGCAACCCUUAGACUUUGGCCGGUGUCGGUGUGGAAAGGGAUAUUCCGUUUGCAGUGAAGCUGGCAUUUUGAUGAAUGGUUUUGAGCAUUAUUUAUAUCUUCUGUGCUGUUUUGAAAUUUGCUCUGGAGCAAUAUCUCCCCUCUCUUGGAGAAAUGUAUAGAGAAAACAAAGCUGUGCAACUGACCUCUCUGAGAAGAUUCUGCCACACCCAAAGAGAAAUUCCACUCCCUUCGCUGGGGCAGAAGGAAGUAAACCUACACCAUCCCUUGACGCGUCUGAGGUUCAUUGAUUUUUCAAAGACAGGACAAGCACUAAGAUAAAAUUUAUUUACUUCAUCCACUCAACAGUCUCAGAUAUCAAAGCUUUGGCUUCAGGGCUAUGCCGUGGCUGGCUUCAGUACUGCGUGGAAAGCAUGAAGCCUGAAGGUUUGACUAGGGAUCCGUGCUGCACCAGCGCAAGCAGAGAGCUGCGUAGGCUAUUUCCACACCCCCCCCCCCAUUAGCCAUCAAGAGCAUCUGUUUGGUUCCUGUGUGAGACCACUGAGCACCUGGAUUAAAGGAGCUUUUUGAAAAGCUGGAGCAAGUGCAGAACUACCCAGUGCAGAACAACUGCACAAGAGACCACGUCUCCCUGGAUUUUAUUGCUCCUGUAUUUUAUAUUCAGCAUCUUUUUAAGAUGUGACAAAAUAGGCUUCCCACACAGCAGCCAUUCUUCUGCCUAUUCAGGCAUCCUCUGUCCCUAUGCACCAUCAUGACAGCUGCCCCCAGUUUUGUUUGGACACACAAAAUCACCUCUCCAAGGACAGAGAUGCUCUUGCCAUUAAUUCUAAAUGAAGUCUUUGGAUUUGACCGUGAAAUGGCCUGGGACCAUCCUACCUAAGACUGCAUUUCUCCCAUGCUGCCAGAGCAGCAAACUGGGGUGAAACUGAAGCUCCUUUGCUGUAAAAGGAGAAGGAAGUGCUGGCAGCGUGUUCUCCAGAUUCUCCCCAGGACUCUCCUUUGUGCUGUUCUGCUGCUGCUGCUGCUUGUAUCGGUGCUGAGCAAGGGCAAGGCCAAGUGCAGCAUUGUGGAAAUCCUGCGGCAAUACCAAGCCGUGAUCUUUGAUGAGCUCCAGAACCUGAAAAACUUGACUCGAUCUGCUGAAACCCCAAGGAGGGGGAGAGCUGGCCCAGCCUGCCUCUCUAACAAGGAGCAGAAAAUCCUGCUGUCUAUCUCCACCAUGAGCAUGUCUCUCAGGGACAUGGUCAGAGGCUCCUGGAGGAAUCCUGAAGUAGUGGCUGUGAUGCAGGUGGUCAGCAACACAGAGUCUGUGACCAAACAGAACUGCAAGAAAAUCCACAAGAAGAGUCUGUCAACAGUUACAGAGAAACCGCAACACAGAAGUCAGGGCAACAGGAGAAAGCAGCUGAAGAUGAUAGCGCGAACAGUGGAAAACUUGGUCACCUGCUGGGAGAAGUUGUUCUCUCUCCACUCAAAGGACUGGGACACAUAGGGUCAGUAGGAAGCAGUGCAUGGUGCUCUCUCCAUGGGUGCUGAGCACCUGGGAUUGUACCACCACCUCCAUACUGGCCAGUAAGCAACACCGAUUUCAUGGAAACUCCUUGCCUUCUGAUUUCUUGGUUCUACCGUUUGAAGCAGGCAUUCCAUUGCAUCCCAUUCUUCUCUGUUGGGAUUGGAGAGGGACACAUCUUCUGUUCAUAGCCUGCUCUGCUACUGUUCCAGGUAGCAAAUACUGAGGGUCAGAUUCAGCCCUGAAAUCAACUGAGUGGCAUCAACAGAAUUUGCUCCUUCAUUCUCAAUAAAACUUUGUUGGACAUUUCCACAGAGGGGGCCUUGGCUCCAGCGAGUCUGUAUGUUAGGAAUUUGGAAGGACAGGGCAGUAAGCAGGCAGUGAAAGAAGAGCAAUAGAGUAAGAGGAGGCUCCCGGAUUAUGAAAAUGCUUCUUGUCUGUUAGGAAACCUCUUGCACUGUGUAGCACUGACAAACUUGUCGUCGGUGGGUGGGAUUGAACCUGGGACUUCUGGCGCUUACCGCUUGAGCGUCUACCGCGUGAGCUAAAAGCCAGUUGCCUGUUAGCUGAGGCAGUAGAGCAGACUCGUUUUCUCUCCCUCUCGUUAAGUGGUCUCAGUGCCACUAGAUGGGACAGGCCACCACACCCAGGAGAUGCAGUUGUAACCCACACACCACUUGAAAUGAUGUCUGCUGCUUUCCUGGGGCUGUUCACUGAGAUGCAAUAUUGUCUUCGUACCCCAGAAGUUGCUGGGAGAAAGCCAUCUAGCCCCCGAAGGGCCGGUGCUUCAGGAAAGGCUGGGCAUGGUAGCCAUAGUGGCAAGUAGUCUAGGCAAUCUUAGAUCCCCCUGACAUUCCAUGGGUUUGAACUAGCUCCCGCUCCCUCUCCCUCCUUCUUCCAACCUGCACUCAACAGGCUGGCGCAGAGAAUGAAAUGGACUUUCUACAGCUGCUACCAUCUCCUGGAAAAACCAGGACAAAUAGACAAUUGAGAACCACUUGUAUCUCCUCCCGGGGCCGGGUUUCUUUUCCCAUCAUUCUUUGUGAUGGACACUUGCAAGAGGACAAGGGAAAGCCAAAGUGCUGUAGGAGGUGGGGUUGAUGAUUCAGCAAGUGGUGCUCUUCCCUCUGGGUCAGGGCUGAACUGAUGUUGCCUCGUGGUGCUAAGGGGAAGGCUGUGCUGCCUAGAUGUAAAACCAGCCUUCAGUUGCUCAUCUUUUAUGCUAUUGAAACUACUGUCCUCUUCCUACCAGCAAAACAAAUCCCCUGCUUCUAGAAGAGAGGCACCAGAGCUCGCCCUUUAAUCAGUUAUAGAAAACCACUUGUUACUGGUAGGGCUCCAGCCCUGGAGGCAGAGCUGCUCCCAUUAGCUUCACCAGAGGACACAACCUGCUGUGGAUUCAUGCUUGGUGGUGCAUCAGGACAUUCAGGGACACCCUCGCCAGUGGCUGCUGAGCAAAGUCUUGUAUGUAUGUCAGGUGGCACUGGGGCUUGGCUCCUGCUUGUGAUGCUAGAGGGCAGUGCUUCAAAUCACUCUGUGUCCAUGGCCAGUGGAGUAAGAAGUGUUUGAUCACAGUAGUUCCUUCUUUUUGGCCUAUGAAUCUCCUCUGUGCUCUUCAUGGGAUAAUGCCAUUGCUGUACUCUUCAUCCUAACUGGUGGCAACCAAGCCCUUACAUAUGCAGGGGGCUGUUGGUCAAGGUAUCUACAGGUCAGAAACACAACACCAAGGGCCAAAUUCUCCCCUGGAAUUAGGGAGUGCCACUCCAUUGCAGUCAGUGGGCCCUUUUACAGCAGUGGUGAGUAUGAGUCCAGGAGGAGCUGGUCUGAGAUUCACUGAGCAGCUGCAGCUCUUCGAGCAGCGCCCAGCCAGCCUAGCGCAGACAAGUGAACGUCACAGGCGGUGAGCAGAGAUCGGAAAGAAACGUCCUUUUACUUCCUGGCUGCCUGACAUUUAAACAUGAGCCUCCCCGAAGGAGCAGCAUCGGAGAGGAGCACGUUUUCCACGCACCAAAACAAAACCUCGGUGAAAAUCCUUCAGAUCCAUAAGCUUUGGAAAUACAUAAAUCCCCAGUGUAGCCAAUGUUGAAAUCCCAUAAUGGUGAUAAUUAAAAAAGCCCACAUGGUCGGGGAGUGGA